AUGUCACAGAAUGGCAUUCGAUUAACGAGAUGGCUGCACCAUCGAGUGUCAUCUCCCUACAAGAGGUGGCGCGAUUUGAGCUUAGCGCAGAAGCAAGAGUUCGUUCAUAGAUUUGUGGAUAACUAUAGCGCACAAUAUCCAGGUUCGAAGACAAAUGUAUCUUUGAGGGGUCUUGCACUCGAUAUGGAGCAGCAUAAUGACGCUCCAUCAGUAUUUGGUUUAUUUUACGAUGACAUUCUGAAAUUAUCGGAAAAAUCAAGAGACCGGCUUUAUGCAAAUCAAGAGCUUACACCAAAAAGGAAUAAUAUAGCUGAGACAGGGAGGUUUGGCCAUGAAAGUUUUUACGAUCUUCUCAUCGACAAUGAAAUGUAA